AUGCAUCCAUCCCAGGCAAAACUGCCUAUAAAGAGCCGCACCCGCAGCCGCCCGCGCCCCCGCCACCAAGGCACCAAGUACUACUUGCAAAACACGCUCAUCGCGGCAGUCACAGCAGGCCUGGCCGCCGCCAUCCUCGCCAUCUACCGCACCGCAGCGGCCACGACCACGACCACGACCACGACAGCGACAGCGACAGCCCCCCCCGAGAUGGCGCCGGUCCCUCGAGCCAUCCGCAAGGCCUUCCUGGCCGCCGAGCAGUCCGAGGGCGCGGGCGCGCGCGUCCGCCGCUCCAUCGGCACCCCGCAGCUGCGCAACCUCUCGCCCUUCCUGAUGCUCGACCACUUCCGCGUCUCCCCCGGCGCCGGCUUCCCCGACCACCCCCACCGCGGCCAGGAGACAAUCACCUACCUGCUCGAGGGCGUCACCGACCACGAGGACUUCGCCGGCAACCGCGGCACCCUCUACCCCGGCGACCUGCAGUUCAUGACGGCCGGCCGCGGCAUCGUCCACGCCGAGAUGCCCCGCGACACGGGCGACGGCAAGCCCAACGUCGGCCUCCAGCUGUGGGUCGACCUGCCCGAGCGCCUCAAGUCCUGCGCCCCGCGGUACCGCGACCUGCGCGCCGCCGACGUCCCCGCCGUCGACGUCGACGCCGGCAGGGCCACCGUCAGGGUCAUCUCCGGCCAGAGCCACGGCGUCGACUCGGUCAAGGACCUCGCCUACACCCCCGUCUGGAUCCUCGACCUGACCCUGCGCCCGGGCGCCCGCGUCACCCAGCCCCUGCCCGAGGGCUGGAACGCCUUCGCCUACGUCCUCGACGGGUCCGCCUGGUUCGGGCUGGGCCGCGACCGCACCCACGUUCACCAGUUCCACAACGUCGUCUUUGAGCAGCACGGCGACGUCGUCCACGUCGAGACUGACGCUGAUGCCACAAAGGACACGCGGCUUGUCAUCAUUGCCGGCACGCCUCUCGACCAACAAGUCGUGCAGUACGGGCCAUUCGUCCUCAGCUCAAAAGAGGGUGUGUACCAGGCGUUGCACGAUUACCAAACCUUCUCCAAUGGCUUCGAGAGGGCAAAGAAUUGGAAGAGCGAAAUUGGCAAGCCUUUGAUGCGGUAA